AUGAAUCAUUACCUUCGAUCAAAUAUGCCGAUGAAUAAAUCCAGGCCUGGUUUUGCAUACGUCAGAAAUUUAAAUUUUGAAGAAGCCGUUGGCACCACAUGGGGAAACCUGAACGCUCGUUUCGUUCGAUUAGAUCCGGCUAUCAAUCAAAUGUCGGCCACAGAAAUCGAGCGAGCAGACAUUGAUCCAUCAGAAACCUUGGCGAGCUUCUAUCCAGUCGUUCGCGUAGGUCCAAACUACUUGCGAUACUGUGGAGGUGCACUAUCUCAAAGCGAAAGACCGAGGUAUAUAGGGGAACCCGUUUUGAAAUAUACAUCCGGAGAAGGUUGGUUUUGCACUACGAUCAAUUUAGCCUUAGCUUCUGACACACCUAAUCUAAAAAGAUUCAGUACUUAUAUUAAACAACUAAAGCAUUCGAUUGCGAAACUUCCAAUAUAUUACCAUGGCACAGUCAUGCGAGGUAUGAAUAUGUCUCGGAGCGAAGUUACUGCCUAUGAAACAUUAGGACGGCCUUUUUACAUUCCGAGUUUCACAUCAACAUCGAAAAGUCACCCAUUUGGUGGCAAUACAGUACUACAUAUUGAUUUAUCUUCAGGAUCAUCAAAAGAUUGCAUGGAAGUUCCACCGCAAUUUACAACGUACCAACACGAAGAAGAAAUUCUUUUGACUUGUUAUAGUCGGUACUCAUAUGAACGAACAGAAAAAUCGAAUGGACAGCGUAUCAUCAAACUUCGACUUCUCAAUUCUCAUAAGCCUAUUCCAAUAUACGGAUGGGAUAAACGUAAUUUUUGGUAUUAA